AUGACUAAGAAAAUAGCUAUAUUCAAGACUGACGAUGACGAAGACUGGACCAAACCAUACGGUAAUUUUGCUGAUAUGGCGAUCAACGUAAUGAAUCAAUGUAAACCCUUUGAUGUGGAAUACAGAGUGUUCGACGUAGUCAACAACGACUUCCCCAAGUUUACCGAGUUACUAACCGGCGGUUACGUUGGCAUUUACGUUACUGGGUCCAAGUAUGACUCGUUUGAUGAAUCUACUGAAUGGAUUGUCAAAUUGAGGAAACAUCUACGACACAUGAUUGUAGAAAAUAGAGGCAAAUUCCCACCUGUAGUAGGAGUCUGUUUCGGACACCAAAUAAUCUCGUAUGUUCUUGGAGCAGAAGUGAAUAGAAACCCUGAAGGAUUCGAAGGGGGCAUUGUGUCCAUUGCGUUGAAUGAAUACGGCACGGCACUAUUCGAGAACAAAGAGUCUCUAAAUCUCUCGGAAUUACAUAACGAUAUAGUCUUUGAUGUCCCCACAGACGUCGUGAACUGGGGGGCUAGUGCUAAAUGCCCCGUACAAGGGUUCUACAGACCAAAUGAGUUACUUACUUUCCAAGGUCAUCCGGAGUUCGUUAACGAAGUCGCAAGAAACGGUUAUAACUUGUUCUACGCUAAACCAGACCACAACUCAAUAACGACAGAGGAGUAUAAGAGCAUGGAAACGAGCAUCACUACCAAGACUAAUGACGGUCUAAUCGCUGCCAAAGCCAUUUGGAAACUAUACGAAACCACCAUCUAG